AUGGCCAGAAUGCUAGCCAAAGUGAAUCCCGAAGAUUGGGCGCAGUUUGUCGUCAACCGUGGAAACGUCGAGGGUGAAAAUAAAUCUCCGGCGUCGUCGAAGUCCUCCCCUACUCAACAUAAACGAAAGCAGAGCUUGGGCGCGAAUUAUCCCGCUUGUCCUUCGACGCUGACCGGUAAAAACGCUGACCAAAAUGGUCAGGAAAUGAAAUCGAAAAAUUCUUCUCCCUUGUCAAGAUUUCCCAUCACUUCCCCGCAAGUUAAAAUUCACUCAAUGACGAGAUCCUCGACUGCGGAAGCAGAAAACGCAGGACACGCCGGCGAGAAAUGUAGAAGCGAAGUUUCGGAGAAUCGCAACGUGGUCGUAUCGUCGACGGUCGUUCCUACGGGCAGCAGCAGCGUGACGGUUUCCGUACUCUGUCCCGAAGUUGCCAAUUCGAAGGCGAGAAAGAUUUUUUGGGCGCGCAACCCGCCGCCCCUCCAGGAGAAAAACGGGGCUGAUUGCAAUCCGCAGAAAAGCACUACCGCGGAAUUCACCGAGGCGAUGGAUACUUCGGAGAAGAAUGAUUUCUGGCCAUUACUCCCCGUUGAUGCUGCGAGGAAAUCUCGCUACGAAAACGGAGGGCUCUGCUUCCUCCCGAUUCCCGGAGGUAGAGAAAAAUCCGACAUCGUAAGUGAAAGGGUCGGUAAAAUCCAGGAUGCGAAAAAUCGACCCCCUUGUACCGCCGCGAAGAACGUUCAGGCGAAAAAUUCUAUGACUAGCAAAGAUCCGACGAUCCUCAAGGACAAUCAACCCGAUCGUUCGACCGAAUCGAACAGAGAAAUCGCCGAGCAAACGUUCCGCAAUGACCAGAAUAUCGUGGCUAAAAAACAAUGCGAAAGCCGAGUUUCGAACAUGUACAGCGAGAAAUCCGAAGUGAUCAAAUAUUUGCAAGGAAAUCAAAUAUUGAGAGAUUUUCUUCUGCGUGACGAAAAAAGGGUUUUUGAUCACGCCGAGCUCGACGUGAUUCUCGCACAUUAUUCUUCUCUGAAAGGGGUGAAAAUAGCGGCAGCCGCUGACGAUUCCUUCGGGAAUUCAUCGAACUCCGAAUCAUGGAAGCAUCAGCAGCAUCUGCUGGCGUUGAAUUUACAUCUGAAAUUGCAACGGUGCGUGGAAAAAUUCGGUAACUCCCAACAGAUCGAGUCUCUCCGGAAAUUAAAACCUCUGAAUCAAUCUGAAACUGAUUCGAACGGAGAUCGGAACAACGGGGCAUCAUCCGGCGACGUGGACCACGCCAGGAGCGAGCGAGAUGUGGGUGUCAACGAAUCUGGAAUCAGUGGAAAUGAGGGAGGAAAAAUUCGGGAGUCGACAGCGCCGUCGUCGGAUAAAAAUCAACUCCUCACCGACAUUAAAACGGAAGUUGAAGAGGAACCGGAGCCAGUCGCCGAGGUUCCGCAAGAAAAUCCGUCGAACGAAGCGCGUCCUCAGAGUGGCAGAAUGAUCGAUCCGAUGGUUUACCUGGUUCAGGCGAAGAUUCAGUCCGCAACGUCGGAACUGACUCACCAGUUAAAGCUGCAAAAGCUCGAGUUAGAAGAAAAGGAACUGAAGGUGAAGAUAGCGGAGAUGACGGUCCAGGAAACUAAACUUCGGAUCGAAAGCAUCGUCGAAGAAAAGCUCAGAGCCAAAGAACUUCACGAUUUGCGCCUCGGUCAAAUCGCCGCCGAAAAAGCUCGAGCGGAGGCGGAACACACGGCGCGUAUCGAAGCGGCUUGCGUCGCGACGGCAGUGAGUCGUGCUCGAAUUACAAACGUAGAACGAGACAGGGAGCGUUCGGAAGGGCUUCAUCAACUGCAACUGCAACGUUUCAGAUCCCUCACUGCGAAUUCCAACAACGCGAACGGCAUGAGCAACCUAAAUUUCAGACAAUACCAGCAACAGUAGAUUCCGCAACG